AUGAGGGUCGCAGCUAUAUUGGUCUGCGCAAUCGCUGCAGUAGUCGGAGAUCUUUCGAUUGACAUAGAUUUAAAUGAUAUAGUAUGUCCAUUAGAUGCAGCAAUUCAAAAAAUCUUUCCUCACAAGUACUGUAACAUGUUCUACCAAUGCUCCAAUGGAUUUGUUAUCGAACUUCAUUGUGCUGGAGACCUUCUAUUCAAUACCGUAACACUGGAAUGUGACUGGUCCUACAACGUGGACUGUGGAAGUAGGAAUAUUUCCGAUUCAAAACCAGAACAAACCGCACCCUACGACAGUGAUGAAAACGAAGGCGCCUGUAACGACGAUCCUACGGAAGCACCACAAAUUUGUGCAGAUUCUGAUUCUGAUGGUGUUUUAGUUGCACAUGAAUACUGUAACCAAUUCUAUAAAUGUUCAAAUCAGGAACCCAUUAGCUUAAGAUGUCCGAGAAACUUACUCUUCAAUCCCUGCAAAGAUAAAUGUGACUGGGCUGAAAAUGUCGACUGCGGAAACAGAACUAUUUCAGAGGACAAUGAUGAUGAUAAUGGUGGCGAUAUUACAACAACGGAAAAACCUGAUCCCGUUGAUAAUAAUCCCGUUGAUGCUGAAGAAAUUUGUGCUCAGGAAAAUUCCAAUGGCGUUUUAGUAGCCCACGAAUAUUGUAAUUGGUUCUACAUUUGUUUCGAUGAACUGCCGGUUGCCCACAGAUGUCCCAAAGAUCUCGUCUUCAAUCCUGUCAGCGGACAAUGUGACUGGACUAGUAAUGUCAACUGUGGAAAUAAAACUAUUACAGAACCUGAAGAUGAUGACAAUGGUGGUGAAAAUAUCACAACAGAAAAACCCGACCCCGUUGAUAAUAACCCCGUUGAUGCUAAUGAAAUUUGUGCUCAGGAAGAUUCUGAUGGAGUUUUAGUUGCCCACGAAUAUUGUAAUUGGUUCUACAUUUGUUACGAUGAACUGCCGGUUGCCCACAAUUGUCCUAAAGAUCUCGUCUUCAAUCCUGUCAGUGAGAAAUGUGACUGGUCUUAUAAUGUCAACUGUGGAAACAAAACGAUUUCAGAACCUGAAGAUGAUGACAAUGGCAAUGGUGGUGAAAAUAUCACAACAGAAAAACCCGAACCCGUUGAUAAUAACCCCGUUGAUGCUAAUGAAAUUUGUGCUCAAGAAGACUCUGAUGGCAUUUUAGUAGCCCACGAAUAUUGUAAUUGGUUCUAUAACUGUUUUGAUCAGCAGCCAGUUGCCGCCAAAUGCCCUGGACAUCUCGUUUUCAAUCCUGUCCGUGAGGAAUGUGACUGGUCUUAUAAUGUCAACUGCGGUGACAAACCGAUUUCAGAACCUGAAGAUGAUGAUAAUGGUGGUGAAAAUAUCACAACAGAAAAACCCGACCCCGUUGAUAAUAACCCCGUUGAUGCUAAUAAAAUUUGCGCUCAGGAAGAAUCUGAUGACGUUUUAGUAGCCCACGAAUAUUGUAAUUGGUUCUACAAUUGUUUUGAAAAACAGCCGAUUGCCCGCAGAUGUCCUGGAGAUCUCGUCUUUAACCCUGUCCGCGGGGCAUGUGACUGGCGUAGCAAUGUCAACUGCGGCAACAAAACGAUUUCAGACGACGAAGAAGAGGUUUUUACAACAACAGAAGUUACAACUACAGAGAAUAAUGGUCCUUUCAAUGAUAAUCCUGAUGAUGCAUCGACAAUUUGCGCACAAGCAGACUCCACAGGUAUACUGAUUGCCCACAAGAACUGCGACCAAUUCUAUAUUUGCAGUUUGAAUGGCCCAAUUGUUAUGAGAUGUACGCCCGGAACUCUCUAUAACUAUCGCGUCGAGAAAUGCGACUGGCCCGAAAAAGUUGACUGUGGUGAACGAAUUGUCCCGGAUGAGAGCGCAUCAACAACUGAAGCUGUCACCCAAGCUCCCAACAGCGACCCCAGUGAAGCUUCAGAAAUCUGUUCUCGUGAAGGAUCUGAUGGUGUUUUAAUCGCACACACAAACUGCAACCAGUACUUCAAAUGUUCCAAUGGGAAACCGAAAGCUUUGAGAUGCAGUAGCAACCUUCUUUAUGAUAUUUUCAAUGGCUGGUGUGACUGGCCUGAGAGGGUGGUGUGCGGAGACAGAGUUGUACCUGAUACCGGUGACGAUUCUAGCAAUGACGAUCCUGCAAAUGCAUCUGGAAUAUGUGCACGCUCUUCAAAUGAAGGAGCGCUUGUCGCUCACGAAAACUGCAAUCAGUUCUACAAAUGUAGCCACGGUGAACCUGUUGAGAUAACAUGCCAAAGCGGUCUUCAAUACAGCACAGUACUCCAAUUGUGCGAUUGGCCGAGCAACGUUGAAUGUGGAGAUAGAAAACAAUGAAAACCUGCGAAGCUUGGACUUGAAUUUGUUUAAUAACAUAAUAUAUUAUAAAUUUAUAUUAGCAAACUCAAAAAAUUAUAAUUAAAAAUUGUAUCAUUAUGAAAUAAAAGGUUUCGACACU